AAAGUAAAAGGGAAAAAGGACAAGUGGUGAGCAACAUCUUUGCUUUUUCGUGGGCUGGGCGUGUUGUGUGUGUGCGGUGGUGCUGGUGCUGUUGUCGAGACGCGAUCCGGUAAACAACAAUCGGGUCGGAGAGCAGGCGGAGAAGAAGGCGCGUUCCUGGACGACCCUCACAACGUUCUUCCUCCCCUCCUUCUCUCUCUCUCUUAUGCAGCAGAGUCGGGCGUCGUAGGCGGAGUUUCGGUCAACCGACAGGAGCAGUGCAGUGGCACAACACGCAGUGAGCGGAGGGCAAAAAGGAAAAAAAAGGUGAAGGAGCAGAGAGAUCCGAAGCGGGAUCUUCAUUCUUCGACAGCAGUCGGCUGAUGUGGUAUAGGCUUAAUAGACGCGUCGCCAGCAGCAGCAUCUUCGUUGGCUUCGGCUGGGCGUCGUGACUCACGCCAGCACACGCAAACGGGCCCCUUGUGUCUUCAGAUCCUAUCUCGUUUAGAGAGAGACGGGCAGGAAGAAGAAGAAGAAAAGUGAGUGCGCCAGAUCGUCGUUGGGUGUGAAUAGAAACACUCGAGAUAGGAAUCGCGGGAUUCAAGGUGAGAGGCGCCGGGAGUCGUCCGUUUGAUUAUUGGGCGGUGAAAAAAGUGAGUGAGGGGGGAAAUCGAGCGUGAUUUAUCGGCGGGCCGGCCACCAUGCCGGUGAUGUCAACUGAGACGGCCGGCGACGAUCAACAGGCCACGGCAGUGACAAUCAAACACGAAUCCUCUUCGGGCAGCAGCAUGCAUCAGUUGCUCUCCAAUUCAGUGGCGGCCGCCACGGCCUCGUCCGGCGGCGGCGGAAUGGGCGGCGGAACCAUGGGCGGCAUCGUCGGCAGCGAGCAUCACUCGCCGUCGCCGACGACUCUGUGCGGCGGCUGCGGAUUCAAAAUCACCGACCGCUACUAUUUGGUGGCCGUCGAACGGGCCUGGCACAGCGAGUGCCUCAGGUGCGGAGAGUGCCGACGGCCGCUGGACACGGCCCUGUCCUGCUUCUCCCGCCAGUCACGAAUCUACUGCCGUGACGAUUACUACAGAUUGUUUGGCGUGAGACGUUGCAAUCGCUGCUGUCUGCCGCUAGGAUCCAACGAACUGGUCAUGAGAGCCCGCGACGCCGUCUUCCACCUGGCCUGCUUCACUUGCGCUGCCUGCAACCAGCCGCUGGCCAAAGGUGACAUUUUCGGGAUGCGGGACGGAAUCGUCUACUGUCGACUUCACUACGAGAUGCUCCAGAAUCCGGCGACGCUGACGUCAUCUCACCAAUCGCAUCAGCACGGCCUCCUCAUGUCUCACCCGAUGCAAGGCAACAACAACGGACUGAUGGGCACUCCCGACGGCCCGUGCGAUCUCUCGUCUUGCGGUCCACACCACGGGCUUUUGCCGCCGUCCGGCUUCCAUCACCCGCAUUUGAUGCCGCCGGAAUCGGUCAGCCCCAGCCAGCACAUGAUCAACAUCCUCUCCUCAUCGGGCGUUGAUCCGGUCAACGAUUCGUCCUAUCCGUCCGGAUUGCGUCCCAGCAUCUUUGGCGGAAGCGUGGCCGCUGGCGGACAGGACUACCUCCACAAUCCGUCGGCCAACGAUUUCCAGCGCUGUCUGGGUGGAAGCGGAUCGGCCGUUUCGAGUUUCUUCCCGUCGCUGUCGUCGAGCGGAGGACUGGGCAACGGCGGCUUGGGUGGCAAUUCACCCGGCUCCGGCUCGUUGGGCCAUCAUCACAGUGUUCAGAAAGGACGGCCCCGGAAGCGAAAGAUUCCUCCGGCGGCGGCAGCAGUUGCGGCAGCGGCGGCUCUCGUCCAUUCCAGCAACAACAAUAACAACAACAACAACAACAACAACGGCGGUGGUGGUGGUGGCGGCGGCGGGUCGACGGGCAAUCAUUCAGAUUCGACCAUCCUGGGCCAGCAACAACACCUGAACGCGGCCAACCUCAGGCAACUCACUGCCGGAAUCGAUAUGCUGGGCUCCAGUGCGGAUUUGUCGUCGAUGGAGGGGAUGGUGUACGACAGUUCGGGGACGAACGGAAGCGCCAGCGGAGGAGGCGGUGGGGGCGGAUCUUCGUCUCAACAACAGCAGCAGCAACAGAGGACAAAGCGGAUGCGGACGUCCUUCAAACACCACCAACUACGAACCAUGAAGUCCUACUUCGCCAUCAAUCAGAAUCCGGAUGCCAAAGAUCUCAAGCAGCUGGCCCAGAAGACUGGACUCUCGAAACGCGUACUCCAGGUUUGGUUCCAGAACGCCCGAGCGAAAUGGCGCCGCAACAUAAUGCGACAGCAAGAUGGCGGCGGCAGUGGCGGAGGAGGCGGAGUGGGCGGAGGCGGAGGAGGGGCUGGCGGAACGUCUUCGAUCAAAGAUGGCGACCUCCUGACAGCGUCGGCGUCGUCGUCUUCGUCGCAGCUCGAACAACAACAACAGCAGCAGCAGCAGCAGCAGCAGCAGCACCCUCAUCAUCAUCAUCAGCACCAGCACCAGCAGCACCAGCAGCAGCACCAGCAGCCUCAACAGUCGCAUCACCGCGUUUCGGCCUCUCUCGGUGAGUUGACUCCGCCGGGAAGCGCCGGCGGAAUGACCCACUCGUCGGCCGUCUCCAACGAAGAUGCCAGCUCCAAUUUAGUCUUCAGUGAUCUGUACUAGAAAUAGCCACACACAACACAAACACUAUACACACACUAUCUACCUAUUAGUAGAGUAGACUUUCUGCUCCCCCCCCUCUCUCAACCUAUACACGACGAUACCCGACGAUACCUAUAGACAGUUACUAUAUAGCGUACAACAAAAGUAUACGUUUAACUAUUACAUACAGAGACCGCGAUUUUUUAAACAAAAGUCGACUAGUGUCCCACAUGUGUCUGUGUAUAGACACUCUCUCAAUUUGUUUGGUGCUGUUGCUGUUAGGUUUGAUUGUCAUUCGUCAUUUUUAUUUGAUUUUAUUUUUCAUCUUUUUGGACAUGUUCUUGUUUCAGUUUUUUGUUCAGCGUUAAAUAUAGGACCUGUGUUAUAACAUCGUCAAC